AUGACACCAAGUCGUCGAACUAUGCGGAACAGCAGCAUUGAACUGCUGGAGUCGUAUCGCGCAGCAAUGAUGGAAACACAGGAUUCCUUUCAAGACACCGAACACGAUCCAGUAGACAGUUACGGGGAAGAGAUCACAAGAAUACUCAACAAAAGUAGAGCCUUUCAAUCCUACCCGACUGAAGAUCGAAGCGAAAAUCUCUCAGCAAAAAAACUAGCUGAUCCAGCAUCCACCAGCGAUUCUUCGAAUGAUUGUCCCCGUGAGUCUCUCCAAUCCUUUCUCCAAAGAAAAUGGGACUUUUUGUUUUGGAACACAAAACCAAUAGAGUCUUUAUUUGUUCUAAGUUCAGCGCUCUUCGUGGCAGCACUUUGGACUUCUGCUGUGGUUUCGGCAACCGCUAGUUGGUUGUACUUUCGUUUUCUUUGGAUGCUCACGACAAUGGCCCUUUCUGUAUGGGUUGACUCUGCUGAACUUCAGCAGCUGCUACCCUUAUCGCUACAGAAGCUUGUCGGCGCUUGCUACUCAGUGCUAAAAUGGGUAGAUGACUUUGUCUUGUGCGGCAUUCGCUACCAAGGUCGAGAAUGGAACAAAAAAGAAUUUGAAGUGGAUGAUGGCAAAUCUGCUCAGAGCAGCUACUCAUAUCUUUGGGCAUUGCCACCACCAUCUGUACGACAAUGUGAUAGUUCCUUCAACUGGGAGGGGAAUGAACGAGGCGAUUGGAGUUCCGAAACCAAUCAGCAUGCCAAGGCGAUUGACUUUUGUUACAACAUGUUGCGACAGUCUGCUAUUCGACAAAAGUUCUCCAAGAUGCGUAAGACAGCAGGCCGUCGAGUGAGUAAGCUUGGGCCGGUAGUUUCUUCGAAUGAAAAAAAUGGAGAAAUAAUUGCCUAUACCAGUGAACUCAAUACACCGAGAAACGUAGCUGCUCGGGAAACAACGCGCCCACCGGGUCUAACGACAAUACACAUCGACACAUCUAACAGAGAAAAGAGCAAGACACCCAAAAUAGAAGAUUCAAUGGGAGCGCUUCAGCUCAAGAGUCCAACAGAUGCUGUAGAGGUGAUGCACCAUAAGGAACAAAUAUUUUUCGACUCCAAUAGGACAAUUCGACAUGUGAAGAGUGAUGACUCUAUAGCACACAAAUUGACAGAGAAAUUAAUUCUUCAUGACGAUGAUAUCUCCCUUUCACAUGACAUUGAUCACAAGACAGGAAGGGUGAAGCAAGAUGCGGAAGCCCGUAGCGAAGAAAACGCUGCGGAUAUGAAUUGGAUGGAUGUAGGAGCUGAAAUUGGUCUCAAGCUAUUGGGGUCUGCUGCCGUACAAAAGGCCAUGACAUCACAUGACACUGCUGAAAGAAUCCAUAAUAUGAAAGAAAACUUUGGAAGAACAGCACCUGAGGUAGACAGUCGAAGAUCUAUGACGACCUCAACUUCCGCUCAGCCUAAGGCAGUACUUGCACCGCCUGUUCAUUCGAUGUGGACAUCUGCAACUGCGGCAGCUGCCGCCAGCGCGGUGAUUUCGCCGUUGCACUCAGACAACGGAGAUCCUUCUUCGGCGGAGGAGGAGCUACGACAUCAGGAAAUGCCUCUACACUUACAAGUGAAUGGUGAGAAAAGGGAUACCAGUGACUUGGACGAGGAUGAUACAAAUCGUGUAAUUCGCGGGAACUCAAGCUUGACAAGUUGCUCGGGAGGAAUUGGUUUUUCGAGUUCAGCGUCGUUUCCCAAGAAGCGGCCAACGCCGAGAAGUAUGCAGGGCCAAUCUUUGGAGCUAGCAUCGAAGACGUCAGUUGCACCAAAGAACCACGAGAAACUGCCAACAAUCGGCCCAGGUGUAAAGAUCGUCGUACCAUUGUCGCCAUACCAACCUGGCAUGAAAUCAUCUCACACAAGGCACCAAUCGAGCUUUCAGAUGGCAACUGUUGUCUCCAGUAAAAGAAUGUUUGUCGGAAAUACUUCCAGAGACGAUGGAUUCGACACGAACUGCCUUUCAGUGACUGUCAAGCUAGACAGGUCUUUUUUGAGGGGAGGUGAAUUCGCUGAUCUCACGUUUCGUAUUAUGGAUGCCUGGGGCAGCCGGUACGUGCCAAAACAUUCCAAAUUGCCGAUAGGAACCUGCGUUGCAACAAGAUAUGGAAUCGGCGUUUUGGUUGGCUGGCGAGUUGAGGAUGAUUGUCAUAUUGUUAGGUCACUUUGGCAGCGACGUGGACUUGGCAGUGUAGCGGCUUACCUGAACAGAGAUUCAAUUUUUUCGAUGGUGGAAGCGGCUGUCGGUUUCCAUGUAAAGACGAUUCAAGGCAACGGCACCGUCGUGGCGGUCAAGUGUGACGGUCGCGGAUACCGCUAUGGCAAGUUUUCCGUAAAAAUAACAGAUGAUGGAAGCAAGCUUUGUGGUCAAAAUAUUGAGAUCGACCGAUCUGAAAUCCUAGCAUGUCCAAGUGCGCAAUUCAUACCCGUAAUUGAACACAUUCGAGAAGCUGCCAUGUAUCGGCUGCAGCUCUUCGAUUACAAGGAAUCGUUAGAAGCACGUAUCAGUGGUGUUUCCAGCGAUCCACUAGCAUUUGAAGGGGUUGUAUGGCAAAAUAUAUCAAAAUGGUCUGAAAUGUUGUGGAAAAGUUUCCUUCUUGCAAUCGAAGAAGACGAGGAUUUUGACGACGGGAUGAACGAAUUCAUUGCAACUGUCAUCAAGCUUUUGGACAAGCUCGACGUUUCGAACAACAACGUUAAUAAAGAUACUGAGUGCAGUGACAAUCACAUUAUCACCGCAAUAAACAGCACUGAUGCCGCUGAAGUGGAAGCUGGAGAAAAUACCUGGGUACAUAACAUCUUUGGAAUCUAUGGGGACACAGGAGAAACUGGUGUGGUCGCGACAGAGAGCAUUGAGGUUGAAUGGCUUCCUUCAAGCGAUGCAGAUGAUGAGGCAAUUCGGCAAAAGAGCUACAGCCGAAUAUUUAAUGUAAUCAAGACGAUGAUGCGGACAAUUGAAUACACAAAAGCCGCUUGCGUGGAUGAACCGGAUUUGAAAUUAGCUCUUUCAAUCUGCCAUGAAAUGCUUUUGUUCGCUCGAACUGUUAUUCGGGUGCAGCAAAAGAACACGAACCCCUUCUCAAUCAAAGUUUGGAGGCGGGCCCUGGAAGAAAUCGCUGCAACAUUUGGUCCUGCAAAAGAACGCAUUGAAAGAGUUUGGGGUGGAAUUGUCGACAGAAUAGAGCAGCAGGGCAACAGAGCGAAGGUUCGCAUAUUGGAAUUCGUUGACAUUAUCUUGCAAGAUGAUGUGCUCCUGCUCGCCAUGGAACAAGGAGACUGGGGUCGUUGUCUUGAUCACGUGGAGGAUGCGAUGGUCUCAUCUCAGAUAGUUGACGAAGCGAACCGUGAGCACUAUCACAAAGCUGUGCAUUUCAUAUUGAAUCAUUUUGCAAACGCUUCAUCUGGUGGUGGAGUUGCUGGUGCACGAAAUAAUGAGAAGCUUACUCAAUUUGCUCAUUUUAUCCAGUGCUUGGCAUCUCCGAAGCGAUCGAUAUUGAGAUUCUUUUUGGAGGAAACGACACUUAACACGAUCGAACGGAUACUUGUUCGUGUCUUUGAUGGCGAUCCAAGUGCUGCACGCAUGCUUACAAUAAAUGCGCAAAAUUUUCAUUCUCUCAGACAGUUUCGCAUGCUGAAGGACUUUACAGUGGCGGGAAAUAAAUUUUGGAUUCCAUUGCUGGAUGCAGCUGAUGCUGAGUUCGCUUGGAUGGUAUCUCAAAUGCCGGACGGAACAAAGGAUUACAUGGUUCCAUUUUCGAAACUACUUUCCCUCUGCAUUGUUGAAUUUCACAAGAUUAAUGAAGGAGACAUUACAAAUCAUUUCUUGGAAUUCUUGAUGGAGGAAGAGGCAGCAGCCAUUAUCCAUGAUCUCGAUAUGAAAUUGAUUCUAGCACUGGAGUCGUUCUCGAGGGAUGUCCGAGAUACAAUGGUCAUUUUGCCAUAUUACCCAAGCAUCGAAGAUGACAUCUUGAAUCUCGUUGACGAGAUUGACAUUGAUGGUUUCCUCCGCGAAGCAGCACUCAGCCUAGAUGAUCCAGAAAAGUUGUCAGACUUUAUCCGAGAGAAAACUACCAUUGCUAUCGAACGGUUUCUUGACUACCUGCCAAAAAUGUCGAUACCAGUGGAAAAGAGGGAUCUCGCAGAUGGAUGGGUUCUGACUUGCCGCGGCGAAGAUGGUGGUGAUCUCACACUAACAGAUUUAGUUGUGAAGCGGGAAAAUCUGGUCUGUCAAGUGCUUGGAGGUGAUUCAAUGUUUUUCCCAAUGCUUAGCUCCGAUGGCGGAGCUGCAGGUAAACUGAAGAAGAGUACGUCUGCGUCUUCGCCAAAGCAAAAUGGCAAGGCCAUUGCUGAAUCGUCCAUUCUGGAUGAAAUACGCGAAAUGAUAUUGCAAGCAAAGAGAUACAACUGUUGGAACGUUGGCGUUGGUGGGAUCGUUGCCCCACCGUCAGAUCGAUAUGUCGCUUCAGUCUUGGACGACUUGCCAGUGUCAAAGGUCCUUGAUAGUGGAAUAGAAUUAUGGAGAAACCUAGAGAUUGACGACGAUGAGCUUCUGGAAAUUGCCAUCAAGGACAUUGCGUACCAAAUUCGCCUCAAUGCAGGCAAGAAACCAGAGCGAAAUUCUUCAAAUGGAGAAAGCACAGACGAGGCAGCAAUUGCAAAUUUCCUCCCGAGUAUAACCUCGUCGUUUUCGUCAGCUCCAGAUCUCUUGAAGAAAACAAGUUCUUCGGAAUCGUUGGGUAGACGGUUUAAUCCGCGAGACGAUCCGACUGUCCUGUACCUUGAAAUAAAAAUGUUGACGUUCCAUUUGGAAAAGUUUUUCUUUCGAAUCGAGAAGGAAGAAAACAGACGCACCAUCUUCGAUCCAGUUUUCGAGGGCUGUGGAAACUUAUUAGUGCGAAAUGUUUCUAUCAAGCUCCGUGUGGAAUGUUUGAAAACCCAAAGCCAGGGACCAAAUUCUGCAAUUCCUAUACUUCUUCUUCGAGAGCUUGACGUGCAGCUCGAGAAAGUGAAGCUUGAAGUCAGAGAAACUGGAGCUGAUUGGUUGCUGAACAAAGUCGUACAGGGGUUCGAAGACAGUAUAACGGAGGUCGUGGCGACCAACCUGGAAGACCAGGUUCGAGAGCAGGUGGAUUUGAUUUUGGAUAACCUGAACUCCUAUUUCGAAGUGAAUCCUGCAAUUGUUCUUGGUUUGCUUGGAAUAAGUAUGGAUGAUCUUGCCGAGCAUGUGGAGUGGGUCUAA